AUGACUUCCCGUGUCACAGUUCAACAGGUUAUGGGCCGCACUUCGGCUUAUAUUAAUCUUACUUCCUCUGAAAAACUCACUCCUCUCAACUAUCAUGUCUGGGCUACCAAAAUUCUUUUGGGUCUUCGUGCUAUGAAUAAUGGUGUCCAUCUUUAUGUCGAAGCUGGUACUGUCAAUCCAGCUGCCAAUGAAUCCCUUGAAGACCUCACCGCCUCGCUUGAUACCGUCGUCCAUGAUGUCAUCCUCAACAAUAUUUCUCCUGAGUUGAUCGAACAUGUUAAUGAUGUGGCCAUUAGAGGCCGUGACCUCUGGCUUUACCUUCAUCAGGAGUAUAGUCAACUCCAACCCGCCGAUGUCAUCUCACUUAUGAAAUCCCUCUAUGCUGGCAAUAUUGAUGUUGGUCCAAAGUUUGUUUCUUCUGUUCGCUCUUAUGUUGCUACCUGGCGUUCCAUCUACCAAUCAUUGUCGCCUGAUUCGGUCGUGGCCUUCAACGCUUUGGCUUCAAUGGGUCCCAAUUCUACUCUUUCGACUGAAGCGUUCGUUGCUUCAUCAAAGAAGUACAAUAACAAAUCUAAGGGUGAUGGUAUCAAAUGUUUCCGUUGUAAGAGGCGUGGUCAUACUUCCAACAAUUGUCAUGUCUCUUGGGAAGAGGUUCAGGCUGCUCGCCAAGAUAAUAAGGAUGACAAGGAAUCUAAGGAGGCUAAAACCUCAAGAGGUUGGUUUGCUGAGACUAUUGAUGAAUUUUCUGAGAUAGUUGAUGAUGAUCCAUUUUUUGGUAACAGUUGUUCCGAGUCGUUUGAUGAUUUGGAAUCCGAACUUUUUGAUUCUUCUGAGCCGUGUGUCGGCGAUGAAGAUUGUUUUGUUAGUCAAGUUUCUGAGUAUUGUUCAAACUCAGGACUUGAUAUUGAUUCAGUUGGUAAACCGUUUGUUGGUUCCACUGAUGAUUCUUGUUUUAUUUCUGAACCGUAUGUCGGUUCUACUGUUGUUUGUUUGGAGUCUGAACCGUGUGUCAAUUCAGCUCCUAUUUGUUUUGAUUCUGAAUCGUUGGUCGAUUCGGAUAUUGUUCCUUUUUGA